AAUUUCAAUUUUAGGUCAAAGAAUAUUUGUACAAGUGUUCUUUGCUAUUGGUGGUCUAAAUGUCAACAGGUAUCUUUUCAAUGGUAGCCGCUGUACAUGUUUUUCUUGCGAUUGAAAAAUUUUUAAACGAAUACUCUGUUUACUGAAUUAAUGAUGUCAGAAACCGUCCAAAGUUUGCAAAAUAAAUUACAAAAGUCUUUACAAGUAAUACGUAUGUUUGAAUGGUUAUUAGAUACAUAUGUUUUGGACUUUUAUGUUGAAGAAAACUGGUCAAAGUUGUCAUUAGGAUGGCAAACAUUUUUUUAUAAUUUAAAUCUGGAAAAUUUAACCUACCUGUUAGAAGACUCCAAGGUAACUGAAAAUGAACUGCAUAAAAUCUGUCCAUUGGGUUUAUUGUGCCUUAAAGUACUAUUGGGGAAACUGUGUGUCAGUAGAGAAGUCAAUCAAAAGUAUUUAGAUACAUUGCCUCGCAGUGAUUUGCUAACACAUAACAAAUUGAAACAUGUAUUCACAAAAUGUGUAAAGCCAAAAAAACGCCAUGAGUUACAACAAAUGGCAGCAUUAUGCAAACGUAGUAGUGAUGAUGCAAAAGUAGAUUUUGUUGUUGAUUUCGGUGCGGGCUUAGGACAUUUAGCGCGUGUUUUAGGUUACGCGUACAACGUACGUGUUUGCUGUUUAGAAAUGCAAGACAGUUUGAAUGUACAGGCGAGCAUUAUAGAUGAUAAACUAGAACUGUUGGCAAAUAAAUAUUUACCAUCAAAAGAUUUAGAUAAAUUUCAACGACCACAUCACAUAACAUUACGCCUGACCGCUGACAUGACUGCUCAACAAUUUAUAACAAAACUGAAGGAUGAACUCAAAUUAAAAGAUGAAGAUUUUCGUUUUGGUAUAAUUGGUUUACAUCCUUGUGGCGAUCUAGCUCCAAUACUAAUGAGAUUAUUUUUGAAUUGUAAGCAAGCAAAAUUUCUCAAUUUUGUUAGUUGCUGUUAUAUGAAAUUGACAACUGCUUUAACACAGGUCGACAAUAAGACCUACGGUUAUCCAUUAAGUCAAUUUCUACAAAACGAUAAAACAUUUACAAAUUUAAGUUAUGAAGCAUUAGAAAUAUCUUGUCAUGCAACUGAAACUUACUGUGAUCGUCUUUUAAUCGGAGAUUAUGAGUAUUUAAAAGUGCACUCCUUUCGUGCUGCAGUAGAAAAAAUUUUAGUAAAGAAGUGGCCAUCCUUGAAGCACUGUGGCUUGAAAAGUGUAAAACAUGUUCAAGGCAUGGAAUUUGAACAUUAUUAUUAUAAAGCGGUGCAGGGUUUGCCCGCAGCUGAGAUACCUUUAGAAGAAUUACAUACUAGUGAAACGCUGACAGACCUUGCUCAAUGGAAACGUGUUGUCGUUUUUUAUACACUGCGUUUGAUGUUUGCUCCACUUGUGGAAAGCAUUGUAUUAUAUGAUCGUAUGCUUUUUCUAAUGGAAAAUGAUUGUAAAGUAAAAAUUCAUGCUAUUUUUGAUCCACGUUUAUCACCACGAAAUCAUAUAACAAUGGCGAUUAAGGACGGUUGAGUUGUGGUAAUUAGUAGUUUCUUGUUUGCUUAUUUAAACCAUAAUAAUUAAAGAACUGAUAAGUUCACAAAAUAAAAAACAAACCGCAAAAUGUUGGUUAGUUUUAUCGAAAUUAUGAAUAUAUCGAGUAUCCGCUUAAACGUCUAAGUGUUAUAUGUAUAUAAAAUAUGUUUGAAAUUUUCAUAUAAAAAUGAUGAUUUGUUCAUUAUUUUUCGCGAUGCAAUUUAAUUGUAGAGAUGAUAUUUUGAAUAAAGAAGGUAAUAUUGAGGAAAUUUUUAAUCAAAUCAAUACUUGUAAAUCUGUUACUGUCGCAUAUCAUCAUCAAUGGUCAUUGGCAACAGUUUUUGGUUUAAUUGUUCGGAUUUCAAGUAGAUUUUUCUGUAACAAGCGAGUCCACACAUCAAAUUUGAUAGGAACCACUUAUGUAUAUAUUGUAAAAUUCCAUGUCUUAAAGUACUCAAUUGUACACUUGUGAAAACAUUUUCAGACUUAAUGAAAAAAUUUUAAAUAAUUAACAAUCUCCACAUAAAUUUAAAAGUAAACAUCACUCCAGAAAAAAUAUCAGAGAACGCAAACAAAAAUU